AUGGGCCAAUUCCAUAGAAUCGGUCGUACAGGUCGUGGAAAACAGAAGGGUCUAGCCACGACCUUCAUCAACAAGAGCGUAAACGAAUCAACUCUAUUGGAUCUUAAGCAUCUCCUUAUUGAAGCCAGACAGCCAGUUCCAGAAUUCCUCUUGGAGUUGUCAGCAGAGCAUGGAGACGAAACUCAACAUCUCAUGGUAUCCGGCGAUGAAGUGGGAUGUGCGUACUGUGGUGGUCUGGGUCAUCGUAUCACUCAUUGUCCCAAGCUUGAGGCUGAAAAGAACAAGGCUGCUGUUGGCAUGAGUCGCAAGGACUACUUAUCAUUUGCCGAUUAUUGA